AUGAAGCUUGAUUCUUGGAUAAAGUCUGAAAAUUCAGAACUCUCACAAAUCAAAAAGAUUGAUAAUUGUAUCUUACAGGACAGUUUGCUGGAAACCCAGAUAAGAGUACAGCAGAAAAAUAUUUUAUCUACAUCAUCUAAACAACAAUUUCCAAUUUUUGUUCUAUCUAGAGAUCUGAAAGAAAG